AUGUUGGAUCCGCCUAUGGCUUGCAUUGUGGAAAAUCCAAUUUUACAGUCGUCAAAUGAUCAAACUGUAUCAAAUACUCAGUUUACUAAUUUAACAGGACGUUUUAUACAAAUAAGGUCAUCUUCAACAAACAACGAUGUUAUUGUAAAUGUAACCCUUCCACCUUUAUGGUUGGAUGCUUUGGAAGAAAGCGGUAGACUAAUAAAUCAAUUAUCUGAUCUAAUUGGAAAGCUAGAAAUGGCCCAUCAAAAACGGUUGCUUGAUGUGUUUGGAACUGAUCCAAAAUUGGGUGCAUCUGUUGAGUGUAUAACUAAACAAAUAGUCACAACAUUUAAACGAUGCCAACAAUCACUAAAAGAUGUGUGUCCAUUAUUUGCAAAGCCAGGUGCAUCAGAAUUAAUAUUUUGUGACAAUGCUAGAAAAACAUAUAAUCGUGGUGUAGAAAAGUUAUCGGAGCAAUUUAAAAGCUUACAAAAGAAUUAUAUCUCAAAAAUAAGCAGGAAAUCUGCUAUUGAAAGCGUUAUUGAUGUUGAAAAUAAGAAAAUAUCUUCGUCUUUCUCAGGAGACAUGCUAGAUUUUGAUAUAAAUGAUUUGGAAAAUGCAACGUCAUCCAUUAAUGAUAUUAAAGUUCGCAACUAUGGAUUGGCUGAAAUAAUAACAUCACUACAAGAUAUCAAAGACAUUACCCUCCAAAUCGCAUCAAUGACGAUUGUUCAGGGUACAAUGCUUGACAGAAUUGACUAUAAUAUAAUGGUAUCGGCGGAGCAAACGGAAUUAGCGGCUAAUGCAUUAAAAAAAAGUGUUGAUAAUGAUUCAUUCGCCCUAAUCAUCAUCAGAAAUCUAUUGUUUUUUAUCACCACCCUUACAAUACUACUAGUUAUCAAAUUCAUACGAAAGACCGACACAGUGCUUAGUGACACGAAUAUGAAUGUAAAAUAUAAUUAA